AUUUAUAAUAAAAUCGUCUUGGCGGACAUUUGAAAAUAUUAAUGGUCAUUUUUAAAAUGACAUUUUUUUGCAUCAAUCAAAAUGGAGGAAACAAAGAAGAGAAAAGUGACUUCUAAGUCGGAAAUCAUUAAAUUGAGAAGCACUGGAGAAAUUAUAGAAAUGAAUGUCGACGCUGCAAAGUAUUGCUCGACUCUGAAAGACAUGAUAGAUAAUCUAGGAUUAGGAGAGGAAGAUGAUGAACCUCUGAGCGUGCCCAUUAAUACCGCAACUUUAAACAAGGUUAUGGAGUGGGUAACAUUUCAUAAGGAAGAUCCACCAAAUCCGGAGAAUUUGGAGGAGAAUGGACCGAAAAAAUCAGACGAUAUUUGCAAAUGGGAUGCAAAUUUCGUAUCCGAAAUCGACGAUGUCUUAUUCUUUGAUAUGAUGAUGGCGGCCAAUUAUCUUAAUAUUAAAGACCUUAUUGAGGUGCUUCUAAAAACUCUAGCAAACAAUUUAAAGACUAGAAACGCAGCUCAAAUUCGUGAAAAAUACAAUAUACAAAACGAUAUAGGGGCUAGUGAUGCUAAACGGUAUUCAAAAGAAGUUGAUUGGUUUUUCAUUCCUUAAAUUUUAUUACAUUUUGAUUCAACUGUUUAAUUGUAUUAAAGUUAAUUUUCACUAUAUCUUAAUUAUAAUUCAA